UUACCAGAUGGCGCUACUUGUCCGGGUGUGGUGAAUAACCAUAGUGUGACGCGUAACGUGAGUCACAGUACUGCACGAGUCUCUGUUCCGUUCUGUUUUUUGUAACAGUUUAUCGUAAAGAAGUUCGUAUUAAUCAGGGAUACCAACAUGUCGUCUCGCAAAACAGCCGGCCGUCGGGCGACGACAAAGAAACGCGCGCAGCGCGCGACAUCGAACGUUUUCGCGAUGUUCGAUCAAGCACAAAUCGCCGAAUUUAAAGAAGCUUUCAACAUGAUCGAUCAGAAUCACGAUGGUUUCAUCGACAAGGAAGACCUUCACGAUAUGCUUGCCUCUUUAGGAAAAAAUCCUACCGACGAUUAUCUGGAAGGCAUGAUGAACGAGGCACCGGGGCCGAUCAAUUUCACCAUGUUUUUAACUUUGUUCGGCGAAAGACUUCAAGGCACCGAUCCAGAAGACGUGAUUAAAAACGCUUUUGGCUGUUUCGACGAAGAGAACAGCGGUCACAUAAACGAGGAACGUCUCCGCGAAUUGCUCACGACAAUGGGUGACAGAUUUACGGACGACGACGUGGAUGAAAUGUACCGCGAAGCGCCUAUCAAAGGAUCAAUGUUCGAUUACAUCGAAUUCACGCGAAUCUUAAAACACGGAGCUAAAGACAAGGACGAGCAGUGAGCAAGCGUGGCAUUAUUCGUACUUCAUAUUUGUGUGAUUGAGCGCGUAACGUGCUUUUAUAUGGUUGCAAUUGUAAAGUUUGAAAUAUUACUUGUAUUUUAUACAUCCUCUAUUAAUGAGAAUAACUGAAAA